AUGUCCCAACCCCUCUUCGGCCUCAUUCCCGCUGGUCAGCCCGUAAUAAUCUCCCCCACCGAAGCUCCCAGUCCCACCUCUUUCCUGUACGCCAUCCCACCGACCAACCCGAACUCUCCCCCCGGUUCCGCCAUCUCCAAGCCCUUCGGGCACGUCGUCGUCUUUCUUUUGCCUGGUGUAGUCCUCCCCCCGGGGACCGCAGCAGCAAUUUACCUCGUCACUCCGCCGUCACCAGCCCUGGGGCAGACGGCGCCCAACUUCAAGUUUUUGGGUGGGAUCGGGCCGGGGAAGGAGAGUGCUAUCUUCAAGGUUGGACCUGGUGCAGGAGGGACAGGGGGUGGGAACGAGAAUGUGGUGAUUGGGGUCUCGGUUGAGGAUGCGGAGAGUGUGGCCAGUAGGAUGACUGCGACGGGGACAACAACACCAGCAGCAGCACCAACAAGUGGUAAUGGAACAGAAGGGGCGUUGGUGCCGGUUUCGGCAGCGCGGCAGCAGCCGAGCACGCUGGUGCUGGCGCAGAGGAUCAUCAAGAAUGCCUUCAACUUCUUGUCGAGCUAUACCGGGUCCACGCCGGGGCAGAUGGAGGUGGUGCCGCUUAAGGCGUUUGAGGAGUGGUGGAAGAAGUUUGAGAGUAAGGUGAGGACGGACCCGGGGUUUUUGGAGAGGGAUGAUGAUCAAUGA